CUUUGUGGUUCUGUGAUUCCCCAGCCUCCAGAGACAGUAAUAAAUCAGAGGCUGAAGGGAGGAAGGAACUGGAGGCUGGGCAGAGUGCGGGGCAUGCUGCCUGGUGAGGCAGCCUUGAGGCUGCUGCUUAAAUCUGUGGCCUCACAUUUAAAUAUUUCCAGGUUUAACACACACCCUGAGCUUCCCUGGGCUGGGACACAGCCCUGUGGGCCGCCUGGUCCUGCCACACUGCCUCACCCCAGGAGUGCUCAGCCCGGCCCUUCCCUCCUCCAUGACCCGUUUGGCUGGGCCGCCUGUGCCCGCCCCGCCAUGGCAGAGCGUUACCGGGUAACGCUAGCAGGCAACAUGGCGGCCCCCGCCCCAGCAGGGGCAGGAGAGCACGGAGGGGAUGAGGAGGAAGGAGGCAGCGGGGUGGGAAGGAGGCGUCAGCCUCCUGUCUCCUCCCUGUCUGCCUUCAGCUACAUCCCGCCUAGGCGAGAGGGCCCCGUGAAGCUCAGCUACUUCCACCGAGAGGCCCAGGCAGGAUGGGUUUCCACUUACGAUUCUAUUUUUAAAAGACCAGAGGGUUACAAGAAAAAACUUCACCGAUGUGACAGAGAACACUCAAAGAGUCAUGGUCUUCACAUUAACGAUGAGGAAAUGGCAAGACCUGUCGCUGUUUUGUCAUCUUCAGAGUAUGGGAGGCGCAUAAAUAAGCCCACAGAGCAGCCGAUGAAAGGUCAUGCAAGGAUUAAUCACGUGCAGGCAGAAUUCUACAGGAAAAAUGGCAUCACCUGCCUAUUGGAAAAACCUUCCCCAAGCCUGGAUCCAUGCUAAAUCUCUUGUAUCUGGCAUUGCCAGAAACAUUUAUGUGGAAGAACAAACAAACAAACAAACAAAACUCAUGUCAAAAAGCAAAAUAGUGCUUUUGUCUUUUCCUCUGUGUUUUAAUUAAUGAAAAUGAUUUGGAUGAAGUAGCAGCUGUACUUUUCCUCUUGCUAAUUCAAAUGUAUGUUUUCUCCUUAUAGCCUCAUAAAAAUCUCUUGAAGAACAUCAACAAGAGACGAACAUUUUAGGAAGUAACACUGGAAAUGAGACCUGUUGGGUGAACAGCUGCCUGUGCUAUUUCAGGCAGUCAUUCCACCUAUGUGACUUAACAUUUAAGCAAGUUUGGUCCUCAAGGUAUCAGUGGUCACUGAUUUCUUAAACCUUACAGUGUUGCUACAAAAUGAUGCUAAGCAUCAUUUUAUCUUCAUAACAGCUGAAACAGUGAUUCAACCCAGAUUUUCCAAAACGGAUGGGCUUAACCUAUAAAUGGGCAAGUAAAGAAAUGGUCUGAUUUCCAGAAGUGCUUCACAAUUUCAGUAGACUUCAAGUGGAAGUCAAGUUAAAAAGAAUGUCUGAGUACUUAGCAUUUAAAUAGAUGCUAAAAUUUGGGUUUAAAUAAUUUCAUGCAUCCAUUUUGCUGACUUUAAUUACACAAAUGCUGUCCGAGGGACUGAUCUGUUGAAUGCUGUCACAAGAAAAAUCAUCCUUGUUUCUGUACCCACUGCUGGAAAAUGAAAAAAAAAAAAAGCAGAAAAGGUACUAGCAAGAGAAAAAGAACUAAUUCAUUUGGUAGAAAGGAUCAAAAAGCCACAAGGAGUCAUUUAAAAAGCAUACCUAGAGGUAAAUGUCUAAACCUUCUUAAACAUCUACCUCUUUGUAUUCUCACUGAACCCAGCAGUUGAGUUUUAAGGUACUUCCAGGAGAAGAAACAUCUUCUGCAGGAUGUACAGUAGUUUGGCUCUCAGGUGCCAUUGACUGUUGUUUAAAGCUGCAGCAAUAUUGAUGCUGUUCAAUAAGGAACGUGUAGCCAGGCUGAUCAUACUUGAACAAGAAGGACUGGAAGUCCACAGUGUUGACUGACACUGCAGUUCUCUCAGAUACUAAAGAAUAGGAAAUGUAAAAAAAAAUAAUACAAACAAGUAACUUCUUCAUCUGGGGCCCGGAUAAGCAGUAAACUAGGCAAACAAUAGAGUAUUUAGUAUGAUGCGAGAAGCCAAGUUUACAGAGCAGUCCAUUCUGAGAGGUGUUUGUCCCUUUCAUUUAUACGACCUUCAUGGUUCCCUAUUUCAGUGGCUGUGGACAAGAGGGCAGUAACUACUACAUUCCUUUUCAGCAAUAAAUGCUUCAUUAAACAAAUCCAGCAGCAUUAAAUGAAAAGGAAUCAGAGUAAAAAUAAAGUGAGAAGGAAAUGUUUUCUAACAAUACCAGAAUGCUUUUUUAAGAGUAUGAAAAGUAUGCCAGUGAAGAAUGAGAUGGAAUAUCACCAUAUUCUCUAAAGGUUAUUUUUAGUUUAGUACAGUCAGUACAAAUUACUUCUUUUAAGUAGUUUUUCUAUAUUUACAAACCAUCUGUGUCGAAAAAACUACGGGAAAAUAAAUGUUUGAGAACACCACCACCUUCUGGCCAAUGUGAGGAAUACGCAUCAGCGGCUCACUUCCACCCUAGACAAAGGAGUGAGUCAUCAGGAUACAGUGUCAGUUUACUGAUUUCCUUGCUUAUGUCACCCCCUUCUCUUUCAAUCCCUUCUCAUCCCUCCUCACUUCUGAAAGCUUUUCAUGUGUUGUUCCUCCUCCUACUUGUUCCUCAUUCAGUUCUGAGUGACUGACUUCUCACUUUAAUGCUCAGGUAGUGACAAAGGAACACCUUUCAUAGAAAUUCUUAUUUUCUGUAAGGCAUUACUAUUCAGCGAACAGCACUCUACAACUCCUAACUAUGUGCUAUAAGCCAAUAGUGCUUGUGCAGCUACUAUAAAAUUUAGUUUUAUGAAACGCUUGGGAACUCAUACGACCACCUAUGAGUAAUUUGCAUAAUUUCCUUUUAUACUGUCAAAAAAAAAAUAGUGGUAGGUAACAUGGCACAUUUUGUACAUACAGCAACAGUUAGU